AUCCCUCCAGCAUGGGUCAGAACAAGGAGUAUUUCUCCUCGUGGUACAACACAGACAGGCCAUGGGUCGGCAGAGGAGACGUGGAGACGGUCUCCAGGAUUGAAAACCUCUACGGCCGUGUAUGUAGAAGCGGUUACAGAAUCGAGUCUGCCCAAUGUCGGAAUGCUGCCACCCAGGCGGACUUUGACGAGAGUACAGCUCACUUCGCCAACGAUGUGCUCACUCGACCGUGCACCACCAGUGGGCUAGAGUGUGUCAACAGUGACCAGACCUCCGACGCUGGGACCCACAUGUGCGCUGAUUACGCAAUCAGGUUCAAAUGCAAAAACUACGGCGACGACGAGAACAGCGAUAGCCUGUUCCCUCAGUUUGACGUCCGCAUCUACAUCAUCCUCGCCGUCGUCCCCAUCCUCAUCUUCCUCAUCCGCAUCCUCUGGGCCUACGUGUUCCGGAAGAGGCGACAGCGCAGGCGCCAAGAACGACGCGCGGCCAGACUCCGAGGUCUCCGGGGCUCCGAGAGUGACGGCGGGGAUGAUGACGACACUUCCUCCAUAGCGUCAGGGCUGGCCAACCCCCCGCCCACCUACCACGAGCUGUUCGGCGAGGGUCUGUCGCCAUCCUCUGUGUUCGCCAUCACUAGCGGCAACGUGCCCGUGUGUUCCAAGUGCCGGAGCAAGCCGUGUAGCGUGGCUAUAGCUGUCAACGCCGCGGCCACCAACGGCUUGCACAAUGUGGCACAACUCCCCGGUGCUCUCCACAGCUCGGACAAUGUGAUAGACGAUGACCACCGCGACAGCCAGACGACAUCUGUUUCAGGGUCUUCGAGUCCGUCGGGAAGUGAGACAGACACAAACACUGGACACCCCAGCUCCCAGCCCGUGACGUCACCGUCCACAGCCAACAGUGACGUCGUUGUGACGUCAGAGUCUCGCGGCGUUCACGAGACCAGCGAGGCGGACUCCCGCACUGUGAUAGAAGACGGUACAUCCGGGGUGCCGCUUCAGGACUUGGAACUCUCGAGAGUGAGCACUUCUGGUGAUAGCCCGCACGGCGGUAGUGUCGUGGACUCAGCUCUCCAACAAACUGUGCACGUGGAGAAUGAGUUACCAGACGUUGGUGUGGCCGCACAGGUCGCCGGCGCCAGCGUGGUGUCAGCGGGAAGAGCGGCGCCGUCCUCUAUAGACAGUGAACACAACCCAAACCCUACACCCCUCAUAUCCUCAUUGAACUUGUCCCUUCUCCCCAUCUCCCAGCCCUGCGCGUGUGCGUGUCACCGGACGGUCUCAUUCGUGGGCGUGGGGGAGAUAAGGUAUGACAAUGAAGCUUUCGCCCACGACGAGGGUUCAGACUCCAGAGUGGCUCGCCUCCCUGGGAUGCACACACAGGUUCCCGGCCUUCACCGGGUCUGGUCCAACCUGUCCGCCGUGUCCACUAUCACCCUGUCCGAGCUGCCAUCCUACGAGGACGCCCUGGAGCUCAUCAAGAAGAAGGAAGCCGAGUCGAUACAGCACUUAUAGCGUGUCGUCGAAACUGACCAUCCGAAAAGAAAGAAAAAAACAA